AUGCCGAUCUCCGACGUUUUCUCCAACUUCCCCCAAGCAACAGUGCAGCACUCACCAGCAAUGGCCUCAACCCUGGCGCGCAUAGCAGCGCAGGUGCACAUCACCGCAAAUCCCAGUCCGAGAAAUAUAGCAGAGAGCAGACAAAUCCUGAGCGCGCUCCAGAAGUUCGGAGAAGUGAUCACAUACCGCAACCUCAAAUAUGACACAAGCAAUACCUCUACCCUCUCAAACCGUCCCAUAGUAGCCAUCUUCGAGACUGCCGACGCAGCAAACCGCGCAAUAGCCUCUUCGCCCAUCACGAUCUCCCUCCCAACUCCUCCGCACUCCAAACCCAAUACACCCAGUCCGUCCGAACCACACUCAAUAACAUUCGAGAUCCAAGAAUCGCGUCACAAUCAUGCUUCAGCACUCAAGCGCAGCCCUUUCUAUUCCACCUACAACCUCUUCAAGAACAACCCCAUCUACGAGGAUCUGAUUAGCGACGAGACGGGAAUUCCACUGAAGGAAUUGGCUGAUACACUCGCAAGCAAGAAAUAUAAUAUCGGGCCCGGUGUGAAGAUUAAUAUCCAAGAGGAUAAUCGGAGGAUGGGAGCGGCUAGUCUGGUCAAUAUGUGGAAUGAGGGAAUGUGCAUUGAUGAGGAAACUCCCCCGAAGGGCGAACGAAUAGUAUUCGAGAGCCUGGAGAGAUUGCAGACGAGAAGUCGAAUGGAGUGCCUUGAAUUGGCACUGUGGUUUCAGUCUUUCGGACUCUCCAUCGAUGCGCAGCGGGGCUUGUUCGUGAUGCCAUCGAUAUGCCUAGGAGGUUGA